UGUGCUCCCAUCAUACCCGCACUCAGUUAUCCAUGCUAACUCGCCAAAAUCCCGAUCUUCCCCUUCUGACUGAAAAUUCCUUUUUCUCCUCCUCGUUCUCUUCAGCCGCUCGGCUCCCGUCGGUUUGCCAUUUUUGCUUCGCAUCUCCUCCUGCAGAGGCCGCUGCCGACACCUGCUCCUCCAACCGCCGCAGCUGACACCUCUCCUCUAGCCGCCGCUUCCGCCUUCUCUCAGGUUGGUAGCUCAGUGACAAGAAUUGCUACAUAGGAAGGUCAUUUCGAUGACACGAAUGGAAUUGUAGGUGGAGAUAAAGCAACGAAGCAGGAUUAUUGCAGGAGAAUGAAAAGGGAUACAAGGGGGGCAGACUCAAAGCUCAAAGAACAAAGUGACAAAUCAAUGAUGGAAGAUUUUGAGAAGAUUGCAAUAAAGGAUGUGAUGGAAGUGGAAGAAACAGAGCCCGAAUCAACAGGAAUCAUUCUUUUACUUCGCAAAUUUCUUGAAAUUCAACAGCGUAGAGCAGAAGCAUAUUCCAAGCUGAAAAAGGGUUUUUCUGAGUACAUGAUAUCUGGAGGAGAACUAGCUUACCAACAACUCUGCAGUGAGAUCACAAUAGAGUUCAAUGAUUGCUCAAAAGAGGUCAUUGAGUUGGAGACACUAUUCAGAAGUUCUGACUAUUGUCGAGUUGAUCUGGCACAAUUGCUUAGAGCUGUUCAAGAUCAGGAAAAGCAAAAACUACAUAUGACAGCUACCAUUCAGCUGUUAAAGAGGGCUGGUCGCCCAUCUGAACGACUGAUCAGUCAUGAGAAUUGUACGUUUACAAAGCCACAAGAGCAUGAAUGUGUUCAUGUUCACGAGAUAACUGAAGCUGCUGGGACUGAAGAAGCUGAGGCAGAUGCUGAGUAUGAUAAUGCUCUCAAGGAAGCAAUUAAAGGUGUCCAGGAUGCUGUUACCACCAUUAAUGAACAUCUAGAAGAAGUCAGGUAUGAAAUUGCUACCCUUGAAGCUGAGUGAUUUCUGGCUUUGAGUCUCAUUUAAGUUGCUGGCUGAGAUCCACCUUCAAGCAUGUUAUUAUUUGUUGCGAGUGUGAGAUCGUCUGAGUGGAUUAACACUAACGUUCAUGCUCACAAACUUUGGCAGUUUUGUGCCAUAUGACUUUAUGUUUGUGCAACGCUAUGUCCAUCAAAAUGUAAAUUGAGUUAUAGAUGUUAUAAAGUGGAUUGAUAACUCAUGGAUGUUGCCCGAUCAAUCAUUAAUCUAUUUGUUUUGAAGACCUUGGGUACUGAGCAGAAAUGAGUUAUGGAAGGAAUUGGUUUA